AUGGCUCUGAGAGAAACUAACAAUUGGUCGAACGACACAUUCAAUGUGUCGUUAGCUACUCUUGCGGCUCAAGUCUUUGCGGACGUACUAACGAGAGUCGGAGCUGAUAAGGACAAAUUCAACGAAUUUGUAAAAAGUGUUGAAAAAUCCUAUAACUCAGAGAAUCCAUAUCACAACGCAUUUCACGCAGGCGAUGUUUUACAAUCUGCUUAUUUUUUCACGCAACAACAAGAGAUAAAAGAGAUAUUAUCUGAUCUGGAUGUAUUAACAUUGCUUUUUGCUGCUCUAGUUCAUGACAUUGAUCACCCUGGGCUCAGUGCAGAUUUUCUUUUGAGAAUAGAACAUAAUACUGAAGCAGUACAGGAGUUAAAACUGAAUAGAUAUUUCACAAGUCAUAAUAAUAGAAGGAAUUUUCUAGAGCAUUAUCAUGUAGUUUUUGCUUGUGAUCUCUUAUUUCAAGAGAAACAUAACUUUUUGCAAUGCUUAAAUGAUAACGACUUGUUACUAUUUACUGGCCGUGUAACUGAUUUGAUAUUGAGUACUGAUAUGGCAGAUCAUGAUUUACAUUUGAGUGAAUUUCAGAAGAUUCUAUCAACUAACAGUGAUAUAGGAAAGAAUGACAUUUACAAGUUGAGUUUGAUGAAGAUUAUUAUAAAGGCAUGUGAUAUAGGUCAUCCAGCAAAACCUCUUGAAAUGCAUAAAAAAUGGAGUGGUCUUGUAAUGAAUGAAAUGCAAAUUCAGUCGGAAAAGCAGAGACUUUUUGAAUCUGGCCAGUUGCCAUUGAUGGAACACAACAAUGAUAAGAAAAUCAAUGCAGAGUUUCUCAAACUUAAAGUGAUACCACUUUUUGAAACACUGUCACAAUAUGUAUCUCUUGAAAUUCAGGUGAAACAAUUAUACGAAAAUUUGUAUUAUUGGGAAUCAUAA